CCUGUGCUCUCUAUCCCCCGGCGAUCAGACAGACACGGAUAGGGGAUAUCUCAGGAAGGCUGGGCAGGAUGGGGAGACAGAUCAGCUGUUGAUGAAGGAAGUCUGACGUAGAUGCUGAGCCAGAGGAGAGCCCAGGGAGCAGCAGCAGUAGCAGCAGCAGCAGCAGGAGUGGGGCUGUAGAUGCCCUCUCCACCGGUCCAGCCCCCCCUCAGGCAUCUGUGGGAGAGCCGGGUCAAAGUGGAGACAGUUCCUGCUCUGACUCUGACAGUCCUGUAGAUUCCAGCUCCUGCAAGGAGGAAGAGGGGGAGGACGAGGAAGACCCAACAAUGUUCUCCUCCAAAUUCCUUAGUGGGGCAAACCCCCUCAAUGCCGUGUCCUCUGCUGUAAAUAAGUUUGGUUUGUUUGGAGAUGAUGGUGAGGGGGAUAAAAAAUCACCUCCCCAGCAGGGGCAAAAGCAAUCUGGAGAACAGAAGCCGACAGCAGGCUCUGGAAAAGACCAUCAACAGCAACCGCAUCCCCAUAAACCAGGCCAAUCUCCCCCUAUGCAAAAGACCCAACAACCUCCCAAGCAAGGUUCACCACAGCUACAUGGAAAUGGACAAACUGGCCCCUCAAACAAACCUGCUGGGCAACAAACAACUUCAAAGACAGGGGCUCAACCUGAAGUCCAGCCUAAAGGAGAACCCCCCAAAAACCAACCUAUACAGCAAAGUUCUCCUAAACCUGGAGCUCAACAACAGACAAGGAUGCAGCAACAAAACCCCACUAAGACUGGUGCACAAGGGUCAACAAAGGUUGGGUCUGAGGUUGGAAAACAACAGCAGGCAUCACCAAAAAUUGGGCAGCAACAGCAUGACUCGUCUAAGGCAGGACCAGAGCAGAAAGGCAUCAGGGCCACAUCCCAACAGCAGUCCUCUGAUAAGCAAGGGAGUAAGGGACCUGGUCCAACUGGCAUGACACAAGCAGGGUCUUCAUCACCUGGAACAGCCAAAGCAAGAUCUCAGUCAACAGCAGUAGCAAAGCUUUGCCCAGUGUGUAAAACAACACAACUUACAAAAGAACCAGCUAACCAUAAAACCUGUACACAGUGUAAAAUGGAUGUGUGCAGCUUGUGUGGCUUCAGCCCUCCAGACUCUAAUGCACACGAGUGGCUUUGUCUUACUUGCCAAAUACAGAGAGCUCAAGGAUCUUCUGAACUGCCAGGACCUCCCAUGAAAAACCCCACACCUAACAAAAUGUCUGGUCCCCAAAAACAGACACCAUCAGCUGCUGAGCCUGUCAAAAAGGAAAUAUCAGCACCAGGUUCACCGCAGAAAAUCCAGUCUAAAUCAACAAAAGUGCCAGAAAAGGCAGAAGCUGCUAAAGGACCGGAGGCUCAAAAAAAAGGCAGUCCAGCACCUGUUCAGAAAAUGACACCUGAGGCCCAGAGAGCAUCAGGAUCUCCUAAGCCACACCAAACUAAUCAGACUGAACGCAAGCAAAGCAGUGCCACCUCAGCACCCCAGCAGCAGUCAGGAGGUUUAUUUGGCUUUGGAGGUACUAAAACUGAAACUGCAAAGACAGAAGAUUCAGUGACUGGAAAGAUGUUUGGCUUUGGUUCGUCUAUUUUUAGUUCUGCAUCUAAUUUGAUAGCUUCUGCUGUUCAAGAUGAGGCUAAAACAACUCCACCGGUUUCUCCUAAAAUGCAAUCUUCCAAGGAGACCAAACCGCCUUCUAUCCAAAAGUCAGAACAAGACAAGAAACAAGAACAACCUCAACAAGCAAAGGUUCAUCCAGCUGGACAGGCAAAAGCAGAAAAAUCCCUGCCAGUCACUCCAAAGACAGCAGCAACUUCCCACACUGCUCUGACUACAAGCCAAUCCACUUGUCCUCUCUGUAAAAUAGUGCUUAACAUGGGCUCGAAGGAUCCUCCCAACUACAACACAUGCACUGAAUGCAAAACUGUUGUCUGCAAUCAAUGUGGUUUUAACCCCAUGCCAAACGUUAAUGAGGGGAAGGAGUGGCUAUGUCUAAACUGCCAGGUGAAACGGGCUGCUGGAGGAAUUGAACCUCAAAUUGAUACAUCUUUGGGAAAAUCUUUCAAAAAGACUACUCCCACACAGCCUACACCACAGAAGACUAAUGCACCAGGCUCUCCCCAGAGAAAAGUACCAACAUCAGCACCACAGCCAGCAAAGACUAAAGAACCAGACAGUCAAAAGGCAGUCAGCCCAGCUCCUGGUCAGACAGCAUCUCAGGAGAACAAGAAGACACAACCGCAGCAGACGAAUCAAACUGUAGGAAAGCAGGAAAGCACCACUAAAGCUGCACAGCAAGAGUCCGGAGGCCUCUUUGGUUUUGGUGGUGCUAAAACUCAGCCUGAUGCUACAAAGCCUGCAGAUUCAGUGACAGGGAAAAUGUUUGGUUUUGGUUCCUCCAUUUUCAACUCUGCAUCUACUUUGAUUACCACAGCUGUUCAAGAUGAACCUAAAAGUACACCACCUGUUUCUCCCAAGAUGUCUGCUGCAAAGGAUUCUAAACCCCCCACUUCGAAAUCUCCUCUUCCAGUCAAGAAGCUGGAAGAGGCCAAAAAAACAGAGGAACUACAGAAAGCCAAGGGCUCACCACCAGUACAGCCAAAAGCAGACAAGCCAUCAUCAGAGCAACCAAAGAAAGCAUCAGCUCCACCAGUUGUUUCCAAGGCAGGCCAGUCUACCUGCUCUCUCUGUAAACUGGAACUUAAUGUGGGCUCUAAAGAUCCUCCCAACUAUAAUACUUGUACUGAGUGCAAAAACACUGUCUGCAACCAGUGUGGAUUUAAUCCUAUGCCAAAUGUUAAGGAGGUGAAGGAGUGGCUAUGUCUCAACUGUCAGAUGCAGAGAGCACUGGGAGCAUCAGAACCUCCAGGAACUCCCAUGAUGAAAAUACAGGCUUCACCGAGUAAAGUCACUGCACAAGACAGUGCCCUAAAGAAGGAAACUCCCCCAGUGGAUAAACUUCAAAAGAAAGAGAAUGUGACAUCUGCUGAAUCUAAAUUAAAGGAGCCCUCUCCAUCAAGCUCACCUCAGCGGAAAGUGCAAAAGCCAGGAGAACAGCUGGCAAAGACUGAAUAUGUGAAAGGAUCUGAAAGUCAUAGGCAGGCCAGUCCAGCUUCUGGUCAGAAAAAUGCACAGCAAAGCUUGAAGACAGGUCCUCAGAAGCCAACAGAUCAGAUAAAUCAACCAGGAUCUAAAAGGGGUAGUACAGCAUCGACACAAGGGGAAUCUGGAUCGUUCUUUGGCUUUGGCAGUUCUACAACUCAACCUGAUUCUGCAAAGACCCCUGAAUCACUAGGUGGAAAAAUGUUUGGCUUUGGUACCUCCAUCUUCAGUUCUGCAUCGACUUUAAUAAACUCAGCUGUCCAAGAUGAAUCCAAAAAGACACCACCAGUGUCUCCUAAGAUGUCUUCUGCACAUGACUCCAAGUCUCCCACUGUCAAGAAACUGGUACAGGAGAAAACAUCAGAGCAACCACAAAAAGACAAAGGUUCACCAUCAGUACAGACAAAAGCAGGCAAACCUCCUGAAGAGGCAUCCAAGACAGCACCUGCAUUGCCUGUCGUUUCUAAGACAGGCCAGUCAACUUGUCCUAUCUGUAAACUGGAACUCAAUAUGGGUUCUAAAGACCCUCCCAACUACAACACCUGUACUGAGUGCAAAAACACUGUCUGCAACCAAUGUGGAUUUGAUCCUAUGCCAAAUGUUAAGGAGGGGAAGGUGUGGUUAUGCCUCAACUGUCAGAUGAAAAAACCAGCAGAGCAACCAGAAAAGCCACCACAGAGCCAAAAGACAGGACCUCAAAAACCACCUGAACAGAGAAAUCCAACUGAAAUCAAAAAGAGUAGUAUUACAUCCACUACACAAGAGGAGUCUGGAGCUGUCUUUGGAUUUGGCCGUUCCACACCUCCCUCAGAUUCUACAAAGCCUGGUGAAUCACGGGGUGGAAAAAUGUUUGGCUUUGGUACCUCCAUCUUCAGUUCGGCUUCGACUUUAAUAAACUCAGCUGUCCAAGAUGAAUCCAAAAAGACACCACCAGUUUCUCCUAAGCUUCCUGUCUCAAAGGCGAGUGAAUCACCAUUUGUUCAGAAGCAGGAGCAGGAGAAGAAGGCUGUGCAAGUUCAAGAAGCCAAGACCUCUCCCCUGAUACAAGCCAAAGUAGAGAAAGAGCCAGCUUCACCAGCUCUUCCAAAGGCAGGCCAAUCUACCUGUCCACUCUGUAAGAUGAAACUCAACUUUGGCUCAAAGGAACCGCCAAACUACAGCAAAUGCACUGAAUGCAAGAACACUGUGUGUAACCAGUGUGGAUUCAAUCCAAUGCCAAAUGUGUCAGAGGUAAAGGAAUGGUUAUGUCUGAACUGUCAGAUGCAGAGAGCUCUUAGUGCAGCUGAACCCACAGGGCCUCCUGUGAAACACCUCCAUGGAGAUAAAAAAAUUUCUCCAUCUGCUGUACAUCAGAAAGCAAUAGUUACUGAUCAAGUGGAAACUAAAAAGGAAAUAAAAUCAGAUGCAGCUCCUAAGAUGGAGACUCCAGGGGCUUACAUACUUCAAAAGAAGGACACAGCCACACUAGGCUCUCCUCAGAAGACACGGUCCACAGCAGUAGCACCUUCAUCUAAGGAGGCUAAAGGACCCAAAAGUGAAGGACAUCCUAGCCCAACUCCUGGUGAGAAAAAGCCUCUUGAUAUUUCAGUUGCAUCAGGCCCUGAGAAACCAACUGACCAGGGAAGUCAACCGGGAUUAAAACAGAGUAAGGUCACCACAGUCACACAAGAGGAGUCUGGAAACCCACUAGGUUUGGGUGGUAAAAUCUUAACUGAUACUUCAAAAACAACAGAAUCCAUCAGUGGAAAGAUGUUUGGCUUUGGAUCUUCCAUUUUCAGCUCAGCAUCCACUUUGAUAUCAUCUGCAGUUCAAGACGAAUCACGGACCACACCACCAAGCUCUCGAAAAAUGUCUGCGCCAGCACAAGUCUCGCCGAAGAUGUCUGCUGCAACCAAGAGUUCUCCAAAAAGUACACCAACAGUUUCUCCCAAGAUGUCACCGGCAAGGGAGCCUAAAACUCUUCCUCAGAAGCCAGAACAAAAGAAGAAACCAGAAGAAUCCCACCAAAGCAAAGAUGAUAAAGCUCUACCACAAGUAGCAAAAGUGUCUCAUAUGGCUCCUAAUGCAGGCCAGACAACCUGUCCACUGUGUAAGGCUGAGCUUAACAUAGGCUCCAAGGACCCACCUAACUAUAACACCUGCACUGAGUGCAAGAACAUUGUCUGCAACCAAUGUGGAUUUAAUCCCAUGCCAGUAGGAGAGGUAAAAGAGUGGCUGUGUCUUAAUUGUCAGAUGAAAAGAGCAGUAGGAGCUUCUGAGCUUACUGGACCUCCAUCACUAAAGUCACAAAUGUCACCCAAUAAAGUUUCUUUACCUGCUACAGUCCAGUCCAAGGAAUCUUCCAAACUGACUACUCCUCAAACAAAGGACAGUCCAGACACAGCUGUACAAAAGCAAACCUCAGAAGCAGUCUCCCCACAAAGAAAACAAUCAACAGCAUCUGUGAAACAGGCUAGCCCAGCACCUGAACGUAAAACAUCGGAAGAAAAAGCGAAAACAGCUCCUGAAAAAGUCCCAGAUCAGGCAACCCAACCUGGUCGUAAGCAAACUAAUGCCACAGCAGCAACACAGCAAGAGUCAGGAGGCUUCUUUGGCUUUGCUGGUCCUAAGCCUCAACCUGAAGCUGCAAAGUCUGCAGAGUCAGUGAGUGGAAAAAUGUUAGGCUUUAGUUCUUCAAUCUUCAGUUCUGCAUCUACUUUGAUAACCUCAGCAGUUCGGGACCAGCCAAAAACGACUCCACCAGUUUCACCUAAGAUGUCUCCUGCAAGGGAAACCAAAUCUUCCACUGUAAAGAAACCAGAACAGGAGACGAAAUCUGAGCAGAUAAAGGGUCCACCAUCAAUCCAGUCAAAAGCAGAAGAGAUGAAGCCCCCUGCUUCCCAGAAGCUGGAGCAGCAGAAGUUAACUGAGCCAUCCCUGCAGACCAAAACACCAGCAUCAAGACGGGUGCCAUUAGAAUCUCCAAAGGCAGCAGCUUCCCAAGCAGCUGUCAAACCAGAUCAGUCUACCUGCCCACUCUGUAAGGUCAAACUUAACACUGGUUCCAAGGAUCUGCCCAACUACAAUACUUGUACUGAAUGCAAAAACACUGUGUGCAACCAGUGUGGAUUUAACCCUAUGCCAGAUGGAACUGGGGCAAAGGAGUGGUUAUGUCUUACCUGCCAGAUGCAGCGGGCUCUAGGAGUAACAGAGCCUCCAUCAGUAAUUUCAGUGAAUGCUCAGACACCUGCAAAACCCCAAAAGAAAGAUGUCACCAGCCCAGCUGAACCUGAAAAGAAGGUGUAUUCAGCACAGCAGUCACCUCAGAGGAAACUAUCUGUAACGGCACAGCCUGCUACAUCUGAGACUAAUGUCAAGCCAGAGGUUCACAAACAGGCCACCCCGGUUUCUUCUCAGAAAAUACAACAGAAGCCCCAGAAAACAUCAACUCCUAACAAAUCACCAGACCAAAUCAGGCAGCCUGAACGUAAGCUGAGUACUGCCACUCCACCACCACGAAAAGAAUCGGGAGGCUUCCUUGGAUUUGGCAGUGGUAAAUCUCAACCUGAUGCUGAAAAGCAGGCAGAGUCUGUGACAGGGAAAAUGUUUGGCUUUGGUUCUUCUAUUUUCAGUUCUGCAUCCACUUUGAUUACCUCAGCUGUUCAGGACCAGCCUAAGACUCCACCAGUUUCUCCCAAGUUAUCCCCUGCAAAAGAGAUCAAAUCCCCUGCUACCCAGGAGAAAACCAAGGCUGAACAACCCCAGCUGAUCCAGACACCACCAUUAGUCUCAGCCAAAGUUGACAAGGCUCCAUCAGAACCUCCAAAAACAGGUGAAGCCUCCCAAACCACCGUCAAACAAGGCCCGUCCACCUGUCCACUUUGUAAGGCUGGGCUCAACAUAGGGUCUAAGGAUCUGCCUAACUACAAUGUCUGUACUGAAUGCAAGAAAACUGUCUGUAACCAGUGUGGAUUUAACCCAACACCAAAUGAAACGGAGAUGAAGGAGUGGUUGUGUCUGACUUGCCAGAUGCAACGAGCCCUCACAGCAGCUGAAUCAGUACAGCCUCCACCGAUGAAACCUCAGGCAUCACCCAGCAAAGUAUCCGCACCUGCCGCUGAGCAAAAAGAUGUCUCUGAGACUAAAACGAAAGAUAUUAUUCCCACACAGAAAACAGACGUAUUAGAGAAAAAGCAGAAAGAAAGUCCAAAACCAGAGGCACCAGCAGAGAAAAUGGAUGUCGUACAUCGAACUCCAGAUAUUGUUCCACCUGCAAAAGACACCCAAGCUACUGUUUCAGCUGAAGCAAAAGAGGAGAAAGUUAGUUCACUGCCUGCCAAGGAUGUUCAAGCCAUCACUGCACCUCCAAGCGAAGAAAGACAACUGCCUUCCCAAGCCAGUGUCACUCCUAAAACUACACCACCAGCACCACGUAAAAUGUCCACCACAGCCAGUGUCACUCCUAAAACUACACCACCAGCCUCUCCUAAAACAUUACCUGCAAAGGACACCAAACCACCGCCUGUCCAGAAAACAGAGGAGAAGAAACCAGAGAAACCACAGCAGGAUAAGACUCCUUCAACAGUUCAAGCCAAAGUGGACAAAGUUCCAUCAGAGCCCCCUAAGGUGCCAGUAGACACCCAAGGUGCUUCAAAAGCAGAUCAGUCUGUCUGCCCACUAUGUAAGGUGAAACUUACAGUGGGCCCCACAGAUCCUCCUAACUACAACACUUGCACAGAAUGCAAGACAACUGUCUGCAAUCAGUGUGGCUUUAAUCCAGUACCAGAUGAUUUAAAGGUAAAGGAAUGGCUUUGUUUAAACUGCCAGAUGCAGAGAGCCCUUGGAGUAUCUGAAGCCAUUGAACCUACUGUGGUGAAACCCCAGCCCAUGCCAAGCAAGGUUUCUACACCUCCUCGCUCUGAACAGAAGGACACACCGACAUUAGUCCAGAAGGAGAAAGCUGCAGAGUAUGCAGAUGUCCAAAAAGAGGCUACUCAAAUAGUUCAACCCAGAAAAGAAAUUCUCAAAGGUGAGGCUCCAGUGCCAACUGCAGUCCAAAGGAUGGACAAAGCACAGCAAGAUUCUGUGGAAAAGGCACAAGGACAUGCUCAGGAUGUGGCCAGCCAGCCAAAGCUUGUGGAAAAACCCCCACAAGGACAGAUUUCACAACCUACAAAGCCAGAAGUAAAGUCAGGUUUCGCAAAACAAGAAGCUGGCAAACUACCACAACAGCCAUCAAAGCCAUUGACCCAAUCUCCCAAGCCUGCCCCACCACCAGCUCAACCCGCGAAACAGGAGUCUGGUGGUUUCUUUGGCUUUGGUGCCCCUAAACCUACUGUUCCAAAGCCUGCUGAGUCAGUGACUGGGAAGAUGUUUGGUUUUGGUUCAUCAAUUUUAAGUUCUGCAUCUACAUUGAUAACCUCGGCAGUUCAGGAUGAACCUAAAGUUACACCACCUACUCCACGGAAGAUGUCCACUACAACAAGUGUCAGCCCUAAACCUACACCUCCGGUUUCUCCUAAGAUGCCCCCAGUAAAGGAUAGUAAACCACCGGCAACACAGACACCUGAUCCACUUCAACAGGCCAAGGCUACACCAUUAGCACAGGACAAAGUGCUUCAGGUUGCUCCUAAAGAAAGUCUGUCUACCUGUCUGCUCUGUAAGGUCAAACUCAAUGUGGGAACGAAGGAGCCACCCAAUUACAACACCUGUACUGAAUGCAAGAACAUUGUCUGCAAUCUUUGUGGAUUUAACCCCAUGCCUCAUACAGCAGUGAAGGAAUGGCUGUGUUUAAACUGCCAAACUCAGAGGGCUUUGUCAGGACAGCUGGGAGACUCAGGAAAAAUGCCUCAACCUUCACCUCCACCUGCUAAGUCAGAGACCCAGGCCACACCAGUAACCACAAAGGCAGAGCCCAAAACCACCUCAACGAAGUCAGAGACCAGGCCUGGACCCACAAAAUCACAACCCACCCCCGUGCCUGUUGAGACAGCACCAACAGUUUCAACCAUAAAAGCAAAUGUAGAAUCAACAUCUCUCAAAAUGGAAACAACGCUUACAGCAGCGUCUACACAUAUUGAGCUUGAGACGACACCUUUACCCACCAAAGAAGAGGUUUUAAAGCAACGUUUGACAGAGGUAACACCAACGAUUGACGUUCUAGAUACAGAUGCUACCAAGAAAGAAGAGGUACCAAAAACAGAUUUCAGCACGACAAAAUUACGCAAAACUGAAGAGUCUAAAACGGAUCUUCAUAAAGAUGAAUUUGAAGCAGGAGUAGCUGAACCUUCUUCAGUUCCAGUUCCUGACGCUUCAGUUGUCUCUGCGUCCCCUGUCACUCCAGAGGUUGCAGUAGCUCAAGUUAUUCCAGAGGCUCAGACAAAACAAGACCUGUCUGUUGCAGAGAGGAUUAUUAAGGUGGUAGACACUGAUGAUCGCACCAUCCUGACAGACUCAUCAAAAUCUUUGCAGCAAAUUAUGGUGCAACCAGAGUCAAAAGAACAGCAGCAGGUGGUUAUGGAAGGAGAUGCAGUCACAGUAACUGACAGCAAAGAAUUUCCUGAUGACUCUGCUGACAAAAUUACCAACAUCCUCUCAACCAUUGAGUCGCAACCAGUCUCUCCAAAAAGAAAAGAUGAAGAUGAAGACAAAGAGUUCAGUAAGAAACGAAAAGACUCUCUUUCCACUGCAGAGGUGCCUACAGAUGUCCCUGUAACAGCUACUAAGCCCAAAUCCAAACCAGAGGGUCAUGAUGAAGAGCAACCUCAGAUUUUACCCAUAUUACAUGAAUUGAAUGAUGAAAUAGUGAGUGGUGCAAGCAAAGAUGGUACAGAUUCUUCUAUACCAGCAAAGGAGGAGAUAAAUGCUAAAAGAAGGCGUCUGAGUUUCCAAGCAAUGGAUGAAAGCAGUGAAAGUGAACUCACACCCUCACCAUCACCUAAAGUCCAGAAAAGGAGACUAAAGGUGAGCAAUAUUUCAUCCAGCAGUGAGGACAUCAAAACUGAGAGUGCUGACUCCUCUGUGGAAGAUGAAGAGUUCAUCCGCAAGCAGAUAAUGGGUAUGGGUGAUGAAGAAGAAAUGUCUGUAUCAGAAGAUGAGAAAGAAAAGAAUUUGGAGAAUGUACAAGCUAUAAAGGAUACUGACCUUGAUAAUACAUUGGUGACAGUCAAACCACUUUCUAGAAAAGGUAGCACAGAUAAUGAAGACAGCCCAGCCAGGAACAAAGCAGUUCCAAAAACUGACAGCAUGACUGCUCAAAGCGUGCCUGAAACAUUACCCAGAACUACUUUCAAGAAAGCAAUUCCAGUCAUGAGACAAAGACAAAGCACAGAUGAAGAAAUAGAAAGCAUCACAGAAUCUGUGUCAAAGGGUUCAUCUAGUGUUCAAGCAUCCAGUUUUACUCCAGAAUCUUCACCUACAUCAGCCUCCUCCCUGGAAGAGGAUAGUGAUAGCAGCCCUAGUCGCAGGAAACCCAGUGGGGACAAACAGUAUCGCAAAGGUAAGCACAGGCAACCAACUCAGCCUCUUCCUACCAUCGAAGACUCCUCUGAGGAAGAGAAGAUGGGACCCCAUGGACAACUACUGUCCCCACACAAAGAUUCUUCCUCCACAGAGGAUCUGAAAGAAGUCACAGUUAUAAAGGAAACUCAUAGAACAUCUGGCUCUGAGUAUUCUGCCAGUAUAGAAUCAGAAUCAGAAGCCACUCAAGCUGUACAGAGAGGACGUAAACCUUCACCAACAGUCAUACCAUACACCCUUUCUGAUCCAUUUAUAGAAAAGGACAGUGUGACAAAAUCAUUAAAGAGUGCAGAAGAAGCAUACGAGGAAAUUAUUCAGAAGACUAAAGCUAUUCCAGGAGACAGUCCACCUGAUAUUGAGCCACUCUAUGGGGGGAUGGCAAUAGAGGACUAUCUUUAUGAAUCCUUAGUUGAGGAACCUGAAAUUAAAAUGAGUGAAUCUCGGGAAGAACCCAAAAAUGAUACUGGCUCUGAUUCUCUCAAAAAACUCAGGUCUCCUGAGGAGGUUUAUGAGGAGAUGAUGCAAAAGAAGAGAGAGUUGAUGAUGAUAGAGCAUGAAUUUCAGCAGGCACAAAAUGCCAUGGAAUCUUCUGCCUCAAGCGCUUCACAGGUCACUUGCCCUCCCUCAUUUGCUGAAACUUGUGUAGUGACUAUAGAAGAGACAUACCCAACUGAAAAACUUGAAAUGCCUCUUACAGAAACUGAAACUUUAAGUGACAUGUCAGUAAAGAAAAAGAAGCGACCAGCCCCUCCACGCCCUUCUGAGCCCCCAAAGCGUCCUGACAUAACUGUUGUCCCUAGUACUCCUAGUGGGGCUAUAAGUUUUGUUAGGCCUAUGAUUCAACAAGAUCCUGCAUUAAGAAAAGCAUUGUUCCCUAUACCAGACCUCAAGAUUACUCAGUGUUCAUCUGGGGAAGAAGAAGAUGACAGUCUUGCAGAUGACUAUGGCAUUGGUAUUUCCUCUGACAUUACCCCCAGUGAUGACUCUCAAGAAGAACCAUGCAUAAGCCCAUCUUUGUCUGAAACUGUUGAGAUGGAUCCUAUAUGUGUAGUCUGUGAAAUUCCAGAGCCAAAACCUAUUCCAACUCCAAUAUCAGCUCCAGAACUAACUACAACACCUUCUCCUGUAUCACCAGUGUCACCUCCAACCUCACCAGCUAGUGCAGAUUCCAGUUUGGCCUCUAAUGCUACAUCUUCAUCUCCAUUCCAGGCUCAAACACCUCUUUCAUCAGAUUCAACUCCACUGUCUACACCAACACCUUCUGCUUCAUUUAAAACACAAUCACCUCCAGAGAUCUCCUCACCACUGCCUGCCACAGAUGCAGGAGUACAAUCUAAUGAAAACUCAGUCUCUUCUUCUCCAGUUACAGUUAUAGUUACAAUACCAGAUGUUGUGUCUGAUCCAUCCAAAGCGCAAACAGCUACAGCCAUUCAAGUUCAGACUUCUACAGUAGAAGCCAUAACUGCAUCACCUGUUGUGGUACAAAUGCCAGACUUGGUUUCAUCUCCAUCUCAGGUUCCUGACAACAUUCCAGCUAUUUCACAGGUCUCAGCACCAAGUCCAGCACCUUCUGUUGUCUCCAUUCAUUCUACAACCCUAGUAGCAGCCCGACCUGUUGCAGUCUCGGCUCCAACAUCUGCCAUUCUUUCCACUUCUGUCACUCUAGUUUCAUGUCCUGAACCAGUCAUAGUGCAGAUGCCUGACCUGGUUUCAACCACAGCUCCCAUACCAACACACCCCCCAUUACCAGUCUCAGCACUUGUUACUACCCCAGCUCAAGCUGAAACUAAAGUGGUACACUCUGUCCCUGUACAAUCAGCCAUCCCAUCAGUCAGUCCAGUGGUAGUCCCACCUCUGGCUCAAACCGCCCAGAUGCCUUCAGCAGCAACAGCUUCAACUACUAUAGUCAAAAAGAAGGUCCCGCCUCCUCCUCCCCCUCGAUCUACUUCGGUAUCAUUACCUGAAACUAAUAAAGAUGUUCCUUUUGUAAAACCUAUUGAGCAUGCCACUCGGACUACAUCACCUAUGGGAACCACAGCUGUUGGACAGCCAAUGCAAUCUGUUGUUGUGGAUAUCCAACCAAGAAUGGAAGCCAUGAAAUCAGAUGGUGGAGUUGUACCUCAGUUAGUAACACCAAAUAGACAGGGGCAUGUAGUUAUCAUUGUCCCCAGUGUAGAGAACAAAGCUUUGAUUGAACAAACCAGAAACCAAGGUAUACCUAGCACAGGGCCAAUAUCUUUCAUUGCUUCUGCUCCAUAUGGUAGCCAAGUAGCCCCACAUUCUGCUUCAGAUGUGUGCAGUACAGAUAUAUCUUCACUUCCUACUAAGGUGGCAACAGUGCAGGAAGUUGUAGCUCCACCCAUUUCACCUAAAGUUAUAGACACAGUAGAAGUACCCAUUACAGUUUCUAGUCCAACACCUCCAUCCACUUUACCCAAACCAACUGUUCCAAAGCAAUCAGUUCCCACUCCAGUGACAACUGCUAAAGCAAAUUUCACACCAGUUUUUUCUGCAGCUUCUAUUCCUAGUCAGACUACCAAGCCUCCUCCACCCAUACCACCUAAACCUGUAUCAAUUCCAGCUGGACUGGUUUUCAGUCAUAAACCAGGAGAGAGUGUCAAGCCACCUCCUGUAGCUCCCAAAGCGGCAACCCUCCCCAGGACAAAAGAACCUCCAAAGGCUCUAUCACUUAGUCUGACAAGACCUGUGGAGUCUAAGUUGGGUGCAACAUCUCCUAAAUCACCUGUAUCUCCUAGACAUGCGAAAUGUUUACAAACCUAUGUAGUGAUAACGCUUCCAUCAGAACCUGGUUCACCAACAGAGUCCAUAACUGUCCAAGCACCUGUAAGAAGAGGGUCCAUCCCUUCCACAAAAGUGUCAGGAAUACGGACAACACCAUCAGAGCAGAAAGCACCCAUUGAAGUAUUCUCAGCACAGGCUACAGUAAGGAGAGCCUCGGUCCCUACUGUAAGGCAUCCACCUCCAAUAUCUGUAGCUUCAGCUGUCCCUGAACAAAUGACAACUUCUGAGGUAGUAGUUUCUGAAGUCCAAGCUAAAACAGACACUAUGCCAUCUGUAAUGCUGUCAUCGCUUCCUGUAGUUGAUAUCGUAACAUUGCCAUCGGCCCAGGAAACUUCUGUCCAAGCACAUACUGUGCCUUUUCCAAUUAAGAAACCAUUUGUGCACCAGGAGCAAUCAAUGACUCCACCACUGUCACAACCUAAAACACUGUCUGAGGUCAUCACAGUGUCCCCAGAGCCAAAAAUUCUCAUUCAUCCAGUCCAAGCCACAAUUACAGAGAUCAUAACAGUUCCAUCAGAAAGUUUAAGUGAAGCACUGGUUCCUCAGGCUCCCAAACCAACCAUACCUGUCCAGCCAGAGCCUCUGAUUGAAGUUGUUUCUACUUCAUUGCAGCCUGGAGUAUCUUUUGACAGACCUGUAGCCCAAGAUAGACCAUCUGCAACUGUUUUUGAUGCACAAGCUGCAGCCCAAAUUGAAAUGCCACAUACAGACGAGGAUGUACCUACUGAUGUCGUUGUUGCAGAAGCAAUUUCAUUAAGAUCACUGAUACCAGGUGUUCAGCAAAUCCCUGUUGAGCAUCCACUUACAGUAUCUGAAGCAAUGACUCAUUCGAAAGAUCAAGAAUUGGCCACAGGUUUUAACUAUAGCUGGACCAUUUCUGAACCCUCACCUGUUCUACAAACUAUUCAACCUUCAGAAGUUCUGCCUGCAGUGACAGAACAUCUGCCUACUCAGCAACCACUUCUUGUAGCUGAAGGGGUUUCCCUCCCUACCAAGUCUGAUGUACUCACAGAAGUUAUUACAACUGAUGCAGCUGUUAGAAUACCAGAGAUAGCAAUGGUACAUCCAUUACCGCAUCAUCAACCUGUGGUAAGUGAAAUUACCCCUGUUGAGUUAAUGCCAUUAACUAUAGACGAUAAGAAGAUAUCUCCUACAGCUGCUGAGGAAACACCAUCACCUCUUAUCAUGGAAGUUGAACACAUAGUUACACAUCCAAAUAUACCUCCUCAUAUAUAUAUUCCAAAGGUCUGUGAAGGAAUAACAUCCUCAGUUAUGACACAUUCAGUGCCACCACUGGCAUUGCAACCUCAAUUUGAGCCUCCUACACAAAUUAUAACUAAGGAUGCUGAUCUCAUAGCUUCUUCAAUAUCAUCAUCCAUGAUACAACCUCAGGCUGGGCCUGGAAUGCCAGUUAUGACAACUGAGGAAACCACACAUAAGAGGAGGACAUCCAUAUCUUCCAUAGUACAGCCAACAUAUGCCACAACUGAAAGAUUUACUUGUCCUACAGAGUAUGAAAUGCCCAGACAAGUAGUUACAGCUGAAGCCUUUGCUGCCACCAGAAGAGAAUCCAUAACCAUGCAGCAACCAUACCAAUUAGCACAGGUAGUAAACCUGCCAGCUGAAAAAGAUGUUUCUAAUGAUGGUUAUGCUGUUCAGCUCCCCUACAGAAGAGAAUCAGAACGCCAACCACAUGCAUUGACUUAUUCAUCAGAAUAUGAUCACCCUGUGGAGCUAAUAACCACUGAGGAAUACACCGCGAGGACCUCACGGCCCACAGUGCAAGACAUUCCACAGAAUGUUUCUCCAGUCACCAUCACUAAAAUUCAGCAAGAGUCUAUUGAAAGCCAGGAGAUAAGAGGAGCAGAAAAGGUGGUCUCUAGUAUGAGCCAUAUGUAUUCAUCUUCAAUUUCCACCUCAGGCCAGCCACCUGAAAGCCUUCCUAGCCUAGUUACUCAAGUAGUUACCACUGAGGUCCAGAGGACCACUGUUUCUGUUGUCCAUGAAAGACUUCCACAGGUCCCUCCACCUAGUGUAGCAAUAACUAUACAACCAGACAUUGCUAAAGUCCAACCUGUACCCAAACAGAAUGGUAAAAUAUAUCCUGGUGAUGUUAUUGAUUUACGUACAAUGAAGGUUGGUAUAAAGAUGACUGAGCAAGGCAUGGACCUGACUCCGCCUGAAUCAAGUCGACAGUCUUUUUCAAGUGACUCUAGUGGCCGUCAAAUUACAGCAGUACAGCCGGAGAUAGUAAAUCUUAGUCCAGCAAUUACCCCAGCAACCACACUGUCUGUUGUCACUGACAGCAUCACAAUUGUCACAUGCACAGCUACUAUUGCUUCAUAUAGCAACACUCCAGCAGAGAAACCACUUGAUUUGCAAGGUCCCGUUACAUCAUUGCCACUAUCCCUCACAACAUACAAACCAUUUGAGCCCUUAGCACAGAUCGUAUACAGACCUGUUAGCACCCAACCCAUGCUGAGUGCUGUAGCAUCCACAGCUCAAGAUAUACCAAUUAAUCUUUCCUUUGAAGCUCUUGUGUCCUCUGGAGCAAAACAGCCAUUGACGUCAGUCCCCACACUUCUCAGCAAUGGAGGGCCUGUCCUUUCUCUAGAGGCCACAGAGGCCAUGGAUCUGACAAACUACAAACCAAUGAGAGCUGUGGUAGCAUUGUCUGGUACAAGUCCAGGAGUGGUGACCACUGUUGUAGAGGAUGAUGGGACCCCAAUGGACCUUACAGCAGGAAGGCAUAGUGUUUGCUGUGAUGUAAUUUACAAGCUACCAUUCACGGGAUCAUGCAGAACACAGCCUCCAGUUACAAGCCAGCCUGAUAACCGUUUUGGCUACAGAGAUGACCACUAUCAAUAUGAUAAUUCUGGACUGUAUAGUAUCAAAGGAACUAAUGGCAUAAAAGCAUCAGUGUCUGAAACCAACUUGACAGAGGCAGGACUGUUUUCCAUGGUUCCUAAAAGUGACUAUGACUACCUCAGUGGCUCUUCAGAUGGCGCUAUAGACCUCACUGCAGCUAAACUUUCUGCUGGUAAAGCACUAGACUACACUAGCAAAACGACUGGAGUCUACCCUUUGAUGACUACUGCUCAAUACUCCCAGAUCCCUGCAGCUGGGUUUGGUGUAAAUAGUGCUCUAAGGACAUCAGAUGGAAUAGUUUACUCCUCUGUUGCUGCCCCAGUUCCAUCCACAUAUGCAAUUACGACUCAGCCAGGUUCUGUCUUUAGCACAACCUUAACACCCACAUCAAUAGUCCACAGCCAGCCAUUACCACACCCAUAUGGCUUUAUCCCCACUACAGACCCUGGACAGAUAAUUCCUUUUGACUCUGGGCUAUCUAAAGAUUUUCUACCUACAGCUUUGGCUGACAUCAUAACUGGCUAUCCAGAGAUGUACUCUGAUGCCACCCUGGAAGCUAUUGCUGCUUCUCUGGAUGCCCUAGCUUCUUCUCCAAUAUUCCCUGGCUUAGAUAACACCAAAAUGGCCCAGUAUCAGAUGGAGAGGGAAUUUCUAGAGCUAGAGAAGCUUAAGCAACUAUGUCUUGCAGAAGAGCUGGAAUGGGAAAGGCAAGAAAUCCAGCGAUAUCGAGAACAGGAACAGCUUAUGGUCCAAAGGGAGCUUGAGGAACUUCAGGCUCUGAAACAGCAGCUUCUCCUUCAGCAAGAAGAGGAGCAUCAUGCCCACAUGGUGGCUCAACAGGAGACCUAUGCACAGCAGAAAGAGCAGUUGCAGCAAAUUCAGCAGCUCCAACUGCAACUCCAGCGGCAGCUAGACGAGCACUAUGGUAGUACUGGUCCCACUGGAAAUCUUCUAGAUGCUAAAUAUGCAGGUGUAGGAGACAGUGGCCAGUACUGGCCAGUCAGAGAUGAGUCUACGACUCCAUCUGCUGGGACACACAUAGAGGAAAGUCAAGAUUUAGUAAAGCUUCAAGCUGAUCAGGACAUAGGGAAAAAAAUAAUUGAUAGUGGGGUGCAGACAGAUGAUGAAGACUCAGCAGAGAAACAACACGUUGGAAGGAGAAAGAAAAAUAAAAGAAACAUUGAUAGCUCAGCUCAGACUGACGAUGAAGACCAAGAUGAAUGGGAUGCUCCAACAAAAGCUCGGCGACGCUCUCGAAAGCAUAGCAGUGAUGGAAAACAUGGCUCCAAGGUCUCUAGCAUUGCUAUCCAGACAGUGGCAGAGAUAUCUGUCCAGACUGAUCACUCUGGAACUAUCAAGCGACCUAAUGUCCAGAUGGACACAAAAGUAGAAAUCAUUAAACAUAUAUCAGCUCCAGAGAACUCUCAGAGAGGUGGAAGUCUGAGCUGUCAGACAGACUCAGAUAGAAGACAUGCAUCCACUGAGGUGGGCUACAGCACACACCUCUCAGCAGACAUCCCCGCUAAGUCCAAAACCUUCUAUACUACAGUUUCCCCACUGUCCCCAGAAAAGUCACUUGGAGGACAGAGAAUGUUGACUGCAGACCCAACCAGAUUUUCUUCUGGUCCUCGGAUAUUGAAGGCUGGUCAAAAAUCUCUAUCUGACCCUAAGUCCCUUAGUCCUUCCACAGAAGACAGGAUGGGUGGAUACUAUGCAGACAGCUAUUCUAGCCGAGGCUCUCCCUCUAGUACAGGUAAGAAGGUAAAGAGAACACUGCCAGAUCCCCCUCCUGAAGAUGACUCCCUCUCAGGACGGUCAGGCUACAGCACCAACUCUGCUCGACGCCGUCUAGCUCGUAGUACAACUAUGGCCCGGGCAAAGAUCCUGCAGGACAUUGACAAGGAGCUUGAUCUAGUGGAGAGAGAAUCUUCUAAACUUCGAAAGAAACAGGCUGAGUUAGAUGAAGAAGAAAAAGAGAUUGAUGCCAAGCUACGGUACUUGGAGAUGGGUAUCAACCGUCGUAAGGAGGCCUUGCUGAAAGAAAGAGAGAAGAGAGAAAGAGCCUAUCUUCAGGGUGUGGCAGAGGAGCGAGACUACAUGUCUGACAGUGAGGUCAGCAACAUCAGAGAGACCAGAGGUGAUGGUCUUGAGAGACCACGGACAGCUCCCCAGUCGGAAUUUGAGCAAUUCAUCCCCCCACAGACAGAAGCUGAUUCCCAGUACAACACACUGACUAGUCCCUAUUCUCACUAUGGCCAGUAUGUUCCCCAGACCCAAACCACUAGCCACUACACCCAACAGAACCUGUAUCAGCAACAAUCACUUUACCACCAACAGGUGUCUCCUUACCCAACCAUGUCCCUCUCCCAUGCCCAGACUCAGCCAGGCAGCUACCAACAUGCUCUGCUCUUGCAGCAGGGGAAGCAGCGACAAACAAACCUGUCCGAUUUAGAGCCCAAAAUCACCACUAACUAUGAGGUGAUACGCAACCAGCCACUGCUCAUUGUGCCAACUUCCACAGAAAGUGGAUAUGGAGUGGCUCACCUAGGGGGCAAGUAUGGAAGCUUGGACUUGAGGUUAGGACUUGAGGAGAGGAGCAUGGCCUCUAGUCCCAUGUCUAGCAUUUCUGCUGAUUCUUUCUAUGCUGAUAUUGACCACCAUAAUGCCAGGAAUUAUGUGCUGAUAGAAGACAUAGGGGAGCUCACCAAGGCGUCAACAGGACUGAGCAAUACUGGCUUGGGUUCUGGAUUCAACUUGCCUGAUAAGGAGAUGUCCAAGGCAGACAGACUCAGGCGCACAGCAGAGGUGGCAGAAUUUUUAGGCUCAUCUCGGCUUCAGAGUUAUGGCAAAGGAGAAGAUGAUACUAUGGAAGAACCUUAUGAGCUGAAGCUACUGAAGCAGCAGAUCAAGCAAGAAUUCCGACGAGGAACUGAGGGACUCGAACACUUGACUGGUCUGGGCUUACCACAAUAUCUCCCCAGUGACAGCAAUUUUCGCCAUUUCCCUAAAGGAGAGAAAUAUAGCAUUGGCAGGCUCACCCUUGAAAAACAGGCUGCAAAACAACUCCCAGCGGCUAUGCUUUACCAGAAACAGAUGAAGAACAAAAAGGCCCUUAUAGACCCUAAGGCCAUCACAAAAUUUUCCCCAAUUCAGGAGAGUAGGGACCUUGAGCCUGAAUAUGGUAGCUACAUGGGAUCUGGAGCGUCCUCUGUGUCCAGUCUGGCUGCUAGAGCUAGGCUACUUCAGGAUGAGAUUACAUUUGGGCUAAGAAAAAACUUGUCUGAGCAACAAAAAUAUUUAGGCUCCUCCUUAGGGGCCAAUCUGUCUGGUUCUCUUAAUCUUGGUCAGUCUCUUGGACUUGGCUCUACUAUCAGGGCAACUGCCCAUGAUGAUGGCACCUACCCAAGUGGUACCCGUUCUCGCCCGUCCUCCCGACCCUCUUCAGUCUAUGGUUUGGAUCUAUCUAUUAAACGGGAUCUGUCCAGUUCUUCAUUAAGACUUAAAUCAGAGGGAGAGGUUCUAGAUGCAGCAUUUGCCCCUGGGGUGGCCAGAGCAAAACCCACUAGUUUACCUAUAAGCCAAAGCCGUGGACGCAUCCCCAUUGUUGCUCAGAACUCAGAGGAGGAAAGUCCUCUGAGUCCAGUGGGGCAACCAAUGGGUAUGGCUAGAGCUUCAGCUGGUCCUCUCCCUCCCAUUUCUGCUGACUCCAGGGACCAAUUUGGGUCAAGCCAUUCCCUCCCAGAGGUACAGCAACAUAUGAGAGAGGAAUCUCGGACUCGUGGCUAUGAUCGAGACAUCGCAUUCAUCAUGGAUGACUUGCAAGGUGCCAUGUCUGACAGUGAAGCACAAAGUGAGUCCAUGUUGGCUUUGAACAGAGAUGAUGCCAGAAUCUUUCAUGAAAGUAUCAGACACGCUGGAGGCCCAAACUGGAAUAUAGAAGCCUACCACCUGAGAAGAGAGGACACAGAUUGGUUUGAUAAGCCAAGAGAAGGGCAUCCUCAGAGCGGGAGUGUUUCAGACAGGAGACAGAUGAAACUCGUGCCUUAUGCCUUCCCUCACACUCGCAUCAAGCUUAAGAGAGACAUGAAGGACUCCAGUGUGUCAGGUAAUGGACUUGGCAUCCGUGUGGUAGGUGGUAAGGAGAUUCCAGGGAGUCGUGGAGAGAUCGGAGCGUACAUUGCCAAGGUCAUCCCUGGUGGGGUGGCAGAACAAACGGGGAAAGUUGUGGAGGGAAUGCAGGUGUUGGAGUGGAAUGGAGUCCCUCUAACGGGAAAGACUUAUGAGGAAGUGCAGUCUAUUAUGGGCCAGACAUGUGCAGAGGCGGAGCUUUGUGUGAGACUCGACCUAAACAUGCUGUCUGACCCUGAGCACCCACAAGCCCUGGAGCACCAUGUCCAGCUUAAGGCUGGUGGACAGCGUUCCCCCGGUGUGGAUCCUAAGCAGUUAGCUGCAGAAUUGCAGAAGGUGUCCCAGCAGCAGGCACCUGGUAUGGUUGGAGUAGGAGCUGGGGGAUUGGGGGUCCUGUCUGCACUAGAGCGCUCUGCCCUCCUCCACUCUGGUACUGGAUCGGCUGCCUCCAGUGGGGUGCCAAGCCCUGGCCAGCCUGCAUCCCCUGCAAUAAGCAAGAAGCAGCGACACAAGCAAACAGAGAUGAUGAAGAUGCCUCAUCCCAUCACAGGAGAAAUUCAGCUCCAGAUCAACUAUGACAGAAAUCUAGGAAAUCUUAUUGUCCACGUCCUGCAAGCUAGAAACCUGGCCCCAAGGGAUAAUGAUGGCUACUCUGACCCUUUUGUGAAGGUCUACCUUUUACCUGGGAGAGGCCAAGUCAUGGUUGUCCAGAAUGCAAGUGCUGAUAACAAGAGAAGGACCAAGUAUGCCCAGAAGACCAUGAACCCAGAAUGGAAUCAGACUGUCAUCUACAAGAACAUUCAUCUAGAGCAGCUGAAGAAAAAAACGCUGGAGGUGACAGUGUGGGACUAUGACAGGUCCUCCUCCAAUGACUUCCUUGGAGAAGUACUGAUUGACUUGUCAAAUACCACCCAGCUGGACAACACUCCUCGCUGGCUGCCUUUGAAAGAGCAGAGUGAAAGCAUUGAACACAGCAGAGCCCACCAUGCUGCCCAAGGUCCGUCAGGGUCUGGGUCAAGUCAGGGACAUGGCCAGGGCCACAUUUCAGGUUCUGGACAGGGGUAUGGAAUGGGUCAGAGUCUAGCACCAGGGCAGGGAGAUGGGAGUCAUGAUUCACCUAAAAACUCUGUAAUCAAGAGCAGAAGCCAUGGAAUCUUUCCCGAUCCAGCUAAAGACAUGCAAAUGAUGCCUUUGGAAAAGUCACACAGUAGCCCAGGCAGUUCCAAGUCUUCCUCCGACGGCCAACUACGUUCCCAUGGCCCUUCCCGAAGCCAAAGCAAGAGCAGUGUCACUCAGGCCCACCUUGAGGAUGCUGGAAUAGCAAUUGCUGCUGCUGAAGCUGCCGUGCAACAAUCCUGCCUGCAACCAAGACCAGGACACCGGCUGAGUGAUGUUUCAGGGUCAGUGGUACUAUCUGCCCCGAGCCUGGUUGGAGACGCUUAUGGAGGUCUGGAUAGUGAAGAUGGAGCAGGCAUAGGAGUGGACAGUGCCAUUUUUCAAGUGCCACGGAUCGGUAAGACUAUUCCUAAUGGCACAGACAAAAACCAACUUGAGACUGCAGAAAAUGAAGCUGGUAAAACACAAGUAAUGGGGGAGAUCAAGGUUGCUCUCAAGAAGGAGGUGAAAACAGAAGGGGACCAACUGGUCUUGGAGAUCCUUCAGUGCAGAAACAUCACUUACAAGUUCAAAAGCCCAGACCACCUGCCAGAUCUGUAUGUGAAGUUGUAUGUGGUGAAUGUGGCCACCCAGAAGAGGAUCAUUAAGAAGAAGACGAGAAUUUGUCGACAUGAUAGAGAGCCUUCUUUCAAUGAGACCUUCAGAUUCCCCCUAAACCCAACUGGACACUCCAUACAGCUUUUCUUGGUGUCUAAUGGAGGGAAGUUCAUGAAGAAAACCUUGAUAGGUGAAGCCUACAUCUGGCUUGACAAGGUGGACAUGAGGAAGAGAGUGGUCAGCUGGCACAAGCUGUUCGUCAGUUCCACUCAGACCAACCCCUGAACACCACACCAAAAAGAUCCAGAUGCAGCAGAUCAGCCAACACUAAAUGCAAAGUGCAUAGUUCAGAGAUGUGACAAAAAAAAUGAAUAAGAGAAUGAGAAUAAGAGCAAAGAAAAAAGAUUCCUUUAAUUCGUUGCUUCGGUUUAUAAAUCAUAAAAUAAAGGUUUAUUAUGUGCUACUAACAUUGCAAUUAUAUCAGUCCAACACUGCCAGCACAUUUCCACCUCUUCCCAUUUCAAGUCUCUGCUGGUUUUGGAUUUAACAUGCAAACAUAAAAAGCUGGCACUGAUAGACACUCAGCAGCAAUAUGGCUUUGAGGGCAGUGACGUCUUUCUUACCACAGUUCUAUUUCCAUAAUCCACAUGAGACGCCGAGAUGUGAUUCUGCACUACUGAACAAACAUAUCUAACAAAGGGAAAGAUGAAAAACAGAAUCAUGGAAUUCAUUUUAUUUCCUUCAUAUGAGAGACGUGGUUGUGCUACGAUCGUGAUUUGUGUGGAUUUAAGUGGUCUUGGAAUAUUAACUGAUGAAGAAAUGCAUACAUUUUUUGUACAAUAUUCUUUCAGUUUCAUUGAAAAAGGAAAAAAAAAAACACAAUAAAGAGCUUAUGUAGGCCUGAGUCAGACAGUUGACCUUUGCUGUGGGAUGAGGAUUAAAUGUACAGCACUUCUGAUUGUAGAUAUCCCACAUGCAAAUAUAAGAGCAUAUCAGAGAAUCACAUUGUACAGUGUGACGUUUAUAUAGUAUACACAGAUAUCAGAUGCAGAAUAUAUCUAAAUAUAAUAUACAGUAUAAGAGUUGUUCUCUUGUCACUAGAUUAUAUAUACAAAUAUAUAUAAUAUGGGACAGAUACACAGACUUGUUAGAUUGAGGCUGUGAGUGGCGCACUGACAAUCCAGUAAUCUAUGGUGUAGGCAGUCACAAUAACUAUUAUGUGAAUGUGGACCUAUGUGAGCUCAAGGAUGUUAAUAAUCAUGUUCAGUAGCUCCCUUGGUUCUCUGGUCACACUAAUGCACCGCUAUAUCGAACAGGGCUGUGACAAUACAAAUAAAAUCCAAGGUCAAUGACAACCUCUAGUGGCUGAUUACUAUUUUACUAGCAUGAUAUUGUUAGGAAAGAUUAGAAUUAAAAUUUAAAUUAACAAUGAACAGCAUCUGCUGUGUUGAAUGUUACAACUGUGGAAGGUGAGUUUCACACAUCCGUCUCAAGUGUACAACAUUUUGCUUUAAGAUUGUUAUAGUGGCUCAGAUUUUGCUAAUAUUUCCUUCUGUGUAGUCCAUCGUCAGACAUGUAAUUCAUACAAUAUGUGUCAAAAUCCUCUGUAGAUCUGCAACUGUCAUUACUUCAGUAUGACAGCCCUGCUGUCUCUGUGUUAGUAAGUCCCUCUGGUCUGAGUUUUCCCUGAAAAUUAUUUCAAAAGGAAGAAAAAAAAAUGCUUUACCAUUCAAACGUCAAGGUUCUUUUGUGUGUCUGGCUGUACUGUAAAACACUUAACUAUUUUGUGUCAGUGACUCCCAUUACAACACAUUGAACCAGCCUCUUUCACUGCCUGCAACCAAAACACUCAGGCCCACUGGCGUACAGUGAUGUAUAGGAUCAAAUGAAAGCAUGGGGCCUAGUCUCAGUACUAAGGUGUGAGUAGGUGACCCAUGUAUUUAUCUGUAUUCGUCUUACAAUGUUUUGUCACCUUUACCUGUACAGAAUGAAAAAUUGACCCUCAGAACUACUGUUAGUGUGUUUAGGCACAUCACAAAGCCAAUGCAACUAUUUAUAAUAUAUCACUGGAGACUACAAACAUAGAGCAAGAUGUCACUUAUCGCCUAUAAUAAUUACAAAGUAAAACAAACAAGCAAACAUAAAAGAGGGUAUAGUGAGGAAGAAAACAAGGUUAAUUUUUCAAUGCUGACAAUUAUUUUGUUGUGCCAACCGUGAUUUAUGUUUAAAUUCUCAACAGUUAUAUUUCUUUUUUACAUUCCAGAUCCAUUGUUUCAUUUGAAGUAAUUCUAUGCAACAUAUACGUUUGAAUGCAUUUGUGUUUUUGGAAUUAAAAUGUUUUAACUGUGAACAUAUGUUCUCAAAAUAACUGUAAGAAAAUAACUUUAAUUUGUACAUCGAUGAAAGAAAAUAUGAAAUACUCUGAUUUUUUUACUGAUUUUAAUAUAUAUUGACGUUAACGGCUGUUAACAUCUACAUGGAUCUUGUGCACUUUAUUAUUGCGUUGUCUCAUUUGUUCCAUCAUGACAUGUGGGAUUACGUGUUUUGUGUUUAUGCACUGAAAUGAACUGAGUCAUGGUGUAUGUGAUGGCAGGAAAUAUUGUGGUGUGCAUUUUGUAUCUAUGUGGAAAAAGAAAAAACAUGCAGACACACUGGGGUUCCUAAACGUAAUGCACAAUGUGGGGGGGGGAUAAAUAUCACUCUAAACUGCAUCAUGCUCUCAGUGUACUUAAAAAAGUUUGUGUACACAGUACAGUAAAUUAGACAUAUUAUCUCAAUGCUCAGCCUUGACUGUUCAACCCCUGUGUUUCAUUAGACUUCACCCAAGCUAAAUACUGUUUGUUUAGAUCAGCUGUUGCCUGUAAUCGUGAAUCCAUUCAUUUGUUGUUGUUCUGAGGGGUGUGAAUGUGACUCAAGUUGUUUGACAUGUGUACAUAAAGUGUUUAUUUUCUACAAAGAUUGAAUGUUUAUAUUGUCCAAAGUCUGAGCAUGUGAGUGUUGAAAAAAAAAAUCACAAAA